AUUGGCAAAGGAGUUUUAUAUUGGAAGCGUAGGAAGAAUGGAAACCUAUCUUUGUUAAAAAAAAAAAAAGUCAAGUUUAAGUCAUACAAAUUAUUGUCUUUACGUUUCUUUCUGAAGUUGUCAGUUUACGUUAAGUAAGACACCUAGGACGAAAUGGCAAAGUCUAAGAAUCACACAAAUCAUAACCAAAACCGCAAAGCCCACAGGAAUGGCAUCAAAAAGCCGACCAAGUUCAGGCACGAAUCUACCUUAGGGAUGGACCCGAAGUUUUUGAGGAACCAAAGGUUUUGCAAGAAGGGCAACCUGAAGCCAGCCAAACAACUCGCUAGGGCAGCACAGAGGAAAGCGGCGCGAGAGGCCAAGGCCAAGAAAUGAACUAGCUUGUAAGACAAUAAAACAUAAAAUCCA